AUGUCAUUUCUUUCUUCGGUGUUCUGCGGGUGCUUCAGCCGCAAUGAAGAUGCCCCGCCCCGGCCAUUUCAACCAGAAAUGCAGGAAUCCACCCAUACCUGGGGUCAGACUCGAGCCGGUAUACAAACCGGCCGUUUCAUUCUUUCCAGCGACGGCCACUUCGUCCGCGCCGCAGGCCCCAGCGACCAUGAUGGGUACGGCCCUCCGCCAGAUUCCGACGAUGGGGGCUAUGCCAGCGUGGUCCCCCUGCCGCAAUACACACCUCGUCCGAUGAGCAUUCACGAGAAGACCCUCGAGUCGCAUAUGCGGGACCCAUCUGUGUCAUCCGAUAGUAACGGAUUUUCGCCUGACUAUAAGAACCGCAACCUCUAUGACGAAGAGGUCAUUUCUGACACGGCUUCUACUCUCUCUUAUCCCAGCAGUUACGGCAACACUUCCACUGCAACAAGGGAAACUCCUCCUCCUCCAUAUUCGCCUCGCAUGUCAGCUGUCAUCGCUCGCUCUCGAUCCCUCUCUAAUUCCUCAGCGCGAGCAAUUAUUAUCAACCCUCCACCAAUGGCUCUUCUGAGCGGCGGCCGGAUUACAGCCCCUCCAUCUGAUGCUGAUGAUCAGUCUAUCCGCCGGCACCGAAGAGCCUCAUGGGAGAGUCGGUGA